AUGAUUUUGAGAACGUUUUUGACUUUUAUCAGUGUUCUCGUUUUCUUCUUCUUGACUUCUUCUUCCUCUUUGUCUUCUUCUUUGUCUUCUUCUUCUUCCGUUUUUGAUGUCGAGAAGAACGUCGGGGACAUCGACGAGAAUGGAAAACCAAUCGUCUCCUUAACAAUAACGCCGGCAAAAAGGCACUUGUACGAUCAAUUCGUAAAGUACGACGACGUUAACGGUAACCUGUACAUCUUGGAGGAUCUGGAAGUGGACAAGAGGUACGAGUUAAGGGCGAGUUAUUCGGCCAAGACGCCCGGGAAAUUUUCGAUUGUUUUAUUAGAAGGAGGAGAAGGAAAAGGAGAGGAAGAAGAGAGUGAAAGUCGUUUACGUCGCCGUAGUCGGAAGUUACUGGACGUGGAGAAAAUAGCGUUUAAAGUAUCGAAUUACGAUGAGAGUAAUAGUAACGAAGGAACGACUCGUCUGUUCUUCUCCUCUUCUUCCUCCUCCAAAAGAAGAGCGUACGCGAGAGUCUCCGUGGACUCCUCAAACGUCGUCCCUACGAAAGGAUACAGACAGUUCCCACAAGAAGGGGUUACGUUUAACUUGACGCUAGAGGAGUGUUUCUUCUUCGGGUUAAUACCGAUACAUUCGAUUCCAGCGAUUGCGUUGUGCGUCGCGAUGGUAGCUUUCGGACUUUUGAUCGGGAAACCGUUCGCGGCUUUUUUAUGGAGGGAAGAUUUUACGCUUUGGUCGUCGACGAACCGGCGGCUCAAGAAAACGUAG